AAACUUCUAAGCAUGCAUAUGAACAUAGAGCUUUAUAUACCCCAAUUCAUCCUAGCCCUUUUCCACACAACUUGUCUCAAUCUAAUCUGAUUAAAUAUCCAAACAAUUCCUAAGAAAAAUAAUCUAAAAAUGGCAUCUACUUCUCCAACUGAUGUGAAUUUUCCCUACCCUCGCCCGCACCCUCAUCCCACCCGGAAUCCUCACUCCAUCAUCAUAGUUGUCGUUAUCUCCUUCGGAUGUUUUUUCUUUCUCGCGGCUAUUAUGUUAGGCAUUUGGUGGUUGAUCAAGAAGCGCAAGGAAAGGAAGCUCAUUUGCGAGAGGAAAGACAUUGAUGUAGACGAACACUUGAAAGUACAAGAAAUGAUCAUACCCGGCCCUUGUGGUCCAAAGAAGGUGUUGCUAUCGGUGGAAGAUGAUGUGCGUGUGCAUGAGGACAUCCAUAAGUCCGAGAUUGAUAUAGUUGGAAAAGCCGGUUAUGGAGAGUCCAAAAAGGGUGUUGCUAAAGGACUUGAAAAGGCGGUCGAAAGUAGUGGUAGUAGCAAAGCUAGUGGUUCUAGCCAACAUCUAACUCAUUCUGAGCAUCAAGUUUGAUAUGUUCAGAGUAACUGUAUGAUUUGUUCCUUUCAUUUCAUUGAAUUUUCUACAUUUACUAUAAAAGCUCGCACAUUAAAGACGAAAAUAUAACAAAUUUAUUGGGACUAAAAAGUAUUACUAAGAUAUUAUUAUGUUUACCUAAUGUUACACAUAUCUUGUUACCUUGAGGGGAAAAAUAGGUACUAAUGAUCUACAUGAUUUACUUGGUUUACAUAAAUUAUUAUGGAGUAUAAUUUAUCAUAUUCAUUACUAUAAGAUCAUCUUCUAAUUGUAGCUUUAUACUCCA